AGGCUGGGAAGAAUACACAUUUUGCAUGAGUAGCCAUUAAUAGAUGCUCCGUGUAUGUGUUUGUAGGUUUAGUGUUUUCAACUCAUUAGCUUAUAUCACAAGGCUUCAUAUAUUAACUGAACUACCAAAAAAAUUACUUCUCUAAUAUUGCUGUCACACUCAAUUGUUUCUUCUGUUAACUCUUUUCUUCUCUAGCACCCCCCUUCAACCCUAUCACAACUCAAGAAUAUGGGUUUUCUAGAGACCGAAGAGAGGAGGAUGGUGAUGGAAUUUGAGAUGGAAGAAAUCAAGCGCAUCUUAGUUGCAUGCUCUGCAAGAAAAGACGACCAACAAUUCAAAGAGCCGCGUGUUUCUUCCUCAGAAAUGAUUGGCGACUGUGAUAAGUCUGUUUGUGUUACCAGUGGUGUUUCUUUUCUGGGCCUCGCUAUUGUUAAUCGCCUUUUGCGCCGUGGCUACUCUGUCAAAAUUAUCGUUCAUACUGAAGAGGAAAUGGAGAAAUUAAGGGAGUUAGAAACUUCAGGAGAGAUGAGGUCAAGCAACAGUAGCAUCAAAGCAGUAAUGGCUAAACUGACAGAAAUAGAAAGUCUACUGGAUGCAUUUGAUGGCUGUCGUGGCGUCUUUCACACCUCUGCAUUUACCGACCCUGCUGGCCUCUCUGGCUAUACAAAAUCCAUGGCUGAAGUAGAAGUGAAGGCAUGUGAGAAUGUGAUCAUGGCAUGUUCAAGAACACCAUCAGUUAGGCACUGUGUGCUCACUUCCUCACUUUUAGCCUGCAUAUGGAGAGAUGGCUUUUCACAAGAUCUUUCCCCUGUAAUCAACCAUGACUCCUGGAGCGACGAAUCACUUUGUGCGGAUAAAAAGCUCUGGUAUGCCUUGGGUAAGCUGAGAGCAGAGAAGGCUGCUUGGAGAAUUGCGAAGGAGAAAGGUUUAAAAUUGGCGACUAUCUGUCCAGGUCUCAUCACAGGUCCAGACUUCUUUCACAGAAAUCCAACAGCAACAAUCGCUUACCUUAAAGGAGCUCAAGAAAUGUUUGGAGAUGGCCUCCUGGCAACUACUGAUGUGAUGAAACUAGCAGAGGCACAAGCGUGCGUGUUGGAGGGAAUGGACAAGAGAGCGUUCGGAAGGUACAUUUGCUUUGAUAAUAUCAUUGAGAGGAAAGAUGAAGCAGAAAAACUGGCAAAAGAGAUUGGAAUGCCUGCAAACAAGAUAUGUGGGACUUCAACCGACAAUACUCCGGCUCGAUUCGAGCUAUCAAAUAAAAAGCUUUUAAAUCUCAUGUCAAGAACACUUCGCACUUGUUUUAACCAAAGCUAGAAAAGUGGCUCUUCCUGUUUCAUGUAACCAGCUUCCUGCCUUCUGCUUCUUAUUUUUGAUGUGUGGGCAUAUAAACAACGCUUUUAUACAACUGUCUGCCACAACUUUUUUAA